GAAAUUACGAUGCGACUACAAAGAUGCUGUGGAAGGCUUCUCCCGAACACAAGUGAAUAUUCGCUCAAGCAUUAAGUCGUAUAAAAGCUCUAUCACCGAAUUAAAAAACUGUAUAGAGGAUUCUGAACUGCCAGAUGACCGAAAACAAAAAGUGCUGAAAGCCUUGAAAGACAAAUCUCGUUUAGGUGCCGACAUGGAGAAAAUAUUGCCCAAGAAAUCAAGUUUACUCCUUCAACUGGCCAUCGGAGAUGUCAACGUCACACUACCACGAAUGGGAGAUCGCAUACUGUACAAAACUGCAUACGAAGACUUUAAACUGCGGAUGUCCUUCGUAGCUUUAUCCUUUAUGGGUAUGAGUCUUGUAUUGAAUUGGAAGGGGGUCGGUCACCGGCCGCUGACAUUCUUAUUCCAGGUGUUUUUGGUUUGGUACUAUUCCACAAUUACAUUACGAGAGCAUAUUCUCAUCGCUAAUGGGUCCAAAAUCAGAAGUUGGUGGCUGUGGCACCAUUAUCUAUCCAUAAUUGUGGUGUGUUUGCUGGUUAUAUGGCCGAAUGGCUGGGCCAUGCGAGAAUUUUUACGAGGGUUUGAAUGGUUCUGCUUCUAUGUAGCUUUCAUCCAGCUGAUGGAGUUUCAAUACCAACGUCGCCGCAUGUACACUUUGAAUGCGCUCGGUAAAGAAGACAAUAUGCGGCCUAUCGGAGAAGGAGUGUCGUGGAAUUCCAGUCUGUCUGUUCUCGUACCGUUCCUUCUCUUUGGGCAAGUCUGGCAACUGUAUCAAGGUUAUGUGCUCUAUGCACUCGCACGUGACCAGAGAUGCCACGAAUGGGUGGUUCCCGUGAUGUCUGUGCUGAUGCUGAUUCUAGGAGUGGGUAACCUGUACACUACACUGACCAGCGCCAAGCAGAAGUUCGGUUUGUUGGCUAAGGCACGGGACUUACCCGAAUUAAAGGUCGUCGACGCAUCCGCGCACACGCCAUAAAGCGGGUUCAGUCCAGCGCCGGUCUAUUAAGGUCAAAUACAUUGCUCCUGAUGGUUUUCUGCGUUGUUGAAGGCUUUAUUAUUUUUUAUCGAUAAAAACUGGUCGUGCUCAGGAGCAUAUUUCUCGCUGUCUCCGCCGAAUAUAACUUAUACAAAGC